AACACGAUAUAGUUACCGUAUUAUUUAUGAGUUCAUUUAUUCGAGAGCAGCAUGUCAUUAGUUAUCAUCGAUGAUCGUUAGAAUAAGCGUUGUGAUACAUUAUUUUAUUUUUGAAUCGAAGGUUAUUAUUUACUAGUAUCCUAAUAUAGGAAGGAACAUUUUUUUUUGGGUUUAGUUUCAAAACAAGCACAAGCUUAGGUGCUUGGUGUGGUUAACGAAAAAAGAAGUAAUGAAAACCUUCUCAUUGGCUUCUGUUGCGAAUUGGGAUACAAUCGUAAUGUGCCGUUGUACUCGGUAAUCAGCUACUCUCAUUCAUAUGCCAUAUAGUUAAUAGAAAAGUCCAAUACUUGCGAACGCUUGUUAAUAAUAUUAAAACAUAUAUUCAUUGACCAUAAGUAUCAAAGUCUAGUAAUAUAUAAGUCAAUGAUCAAAGUGCAUUAAGAAAGCUAAUCACUAAGUUAGUGGAAUAAAAAUGGUCUCGGGCGCACUAUAAGCGUGCAGAAAAUCUACAACACUGUUAUUCUGCCAGCUUCACAUCACUAUUCAUCAAUAUUUUACAAAUUGUUUAUUCAUUAAACUUUCUGCCUAUGUACGCCCAGUUUUGGUCAAAGCCUUCUUUUAUUUCAAAGAAGAAAAAGGAUUAUGGGGAUUAUUUUAACUAGGUACCUAACUUAAAUUAAAUAAUAUUGAAUCAUUAUGAUAUUUUAUAAUUUAUGUUUAAUAUCUAGAUAAUCAAAAAAUAGUUAAGUUAAUAGUUAAGCGGGAGACAGAGUUAUUUUCACAUCAAUAAUAUUGGUAUACUUAUUUUUUUUUUGUUCACUGUACUUUUUAAUUGCAGAUGACGUCACGUGGACGUUAAUGUGACAAGGUUCCCGCGUAUUACCAAUUUGCCGGGCUUAUUACAACCCUAAUGUUGACAUGGUCUUGCAGGGCCAUCAGUAAUUUACCAUCUUAAAUUCAUAAUGUUACAAGCAAUAAACAAUUUUUAAUAAACUUUAUAUUUCCUCUAAAUAUUUUAUUUCUUAGACAUGAAGGCUUCUUUACGAAGUUUUUCUUCACCUCCAAGCACGUGGUGAAUUAGCACUUAAAAUUGUAAAUAAUAGUUUUACUGGUGUCAGCUGGAAUCCAACCCAGGUUGUACGUUACAGUUAUUAAUAAAAUUCAAUAAAACAAAACGAUUUUUAGAUGCUCUCAUUAGUGGGAACUGCUGACGGAGGCAUUACGCCUCCACUGAUGGCCGUACAGGAAGUGAUACUGGACGAUGAUGGGUCUAAGAUCAUCGGCAUAUUAGCUUACGGCACCGAGCUGGCUUUCAACAUGUUAUUACUAUGCGCGAUGUAUCGGAAAGACACAGUAUUACUGAGGACUUAUAUGUACUUCGGAUUGGCAUCCAUUGUGGCAUCCGUUCUCGUCUACUCUAUGGUCAUAGCCGUCUUAUCUACUCUUACGAAGAUCAACGUUAUAGGCGACUUGGGUUAGUAUUAAAAGAAGUUAAAUAAACAGUUUUUGGGCUCAAACUGAACUAUAUUCGAGUGCGAUUCUUGUGUAAUCGUUUGCAAAUCCCUGUUCUUGGUCUAUUUCACAUCGGGAAAAUAGGAUAUGGUUGAGCUGCCAUCUAUCGAAGCCUAUGAGAUUUUGCAGGUAGUCCCAAUAUUCUUUUCACCUUUCAACUUUUAUGAUAACCGUGUGAGGAAAAUGUGGUUGCGAAUUUCCUUACGCCGCGUCGUCAGAAGGUUUGCACAUGUACAGGGUCAUAGAAAUAGAUGGAUUACAUCAUCAUCGAACCUCUUUAUGAGAGGGAAGUAAGAUUGAUGAUAAAAUUAAAAGAAUAACAUAACUCAUCUAUUUUUAAUUUCGCUUUAACGAUUCGGUAUCUAUUGAAGAUAAUAAAUAUAAAGACAAACAUAAACAAACAAGGACUGAAAACGUGAAAUCUCGACGCAAUUCACGCACCUCGUUGCCUUUGCCCAAGCAACGCGAUCGAAACUACAAGUAUAUUAAUUAUGGUCGUAAACUGAUCAACACAACAAUAAAGACCACGUAUAGAUACCAAUAGUUUGUUCUUAGAUUAAUAAUAAGUCAUCGCGGUCAUGACUUAUCAUUCAUCUAAGAGUUUGUUAUUCUCGUUCUCGUACUAAGUUGCGUCGCGUUGUCUAACCUAUGACAACGCCUUAGCUACGCUAAGGCCAAGAACGCACUAGCGACAGUAUACAACAUCUAACGUAAUUAACACAUCCUCAGACACCCCAAUUAGUAUAUUAUGUUAUAAUCAUAAUACAUACACUGAAUUCUUAGUUAAACAUGUUUAUGCAUUGAUUAUUUAUUAAAUUAGUUAUGCUAAUUCCAGAAGGAUGUUGUGGUCACCGUACAAAACUACGAACGCUAGGUAUAGGUCUUGCUAGCCUAGACUAGAAAAAAGCCGAUAAUACAUCAUGAUUGGUUACGUUAAAGAAAUACCUACCUAUGAACAUUAACAGAUGUCAGAACUCCGUGCAAUGAGUUGUUUAUUUGUUUUGACUGUACAGGUUUAGUGUGACUGUAAAUUACGUAGUUUCAAUUAUUUUUGGGAUAAAAAAAUUACCUAUAUUAAAAAUGAUAGAAAUCGAUUCAGUAAACGAUUCUGAACAAACUACUUUCUCAAAGUGCGUCAAUUAUGUUACGUGUUGUAUAUGGUCUGCCGCAACGACACGCCGUUCCGGCUAACCGCAUCCUCUCGGUUCUAUUGCAGUCCACCACAAUCGUCAGUACUUCGAGAAAAAUUGGACAUAAUGGAUAUCGAAGGAGUUGCAGCAGUUAUUUAUUUAUAUCGAUUAUAUUAUCGAAUGGAAUCGUAGAUAGAUUUUUCUUUAAGCGAAUCAACAUGGCUGUCUUGCGGGUAACCGCGCCGAGUGUGUGGAGGGGCUGCGGCGCGCCGCAUCAUUUAACCGGUGCGGUUGACGCCAGGCCGCAAGUCAAUAUGCGUAGAUAUCAUGCGGUUUCAUAUGAAAAUCGAAGUGCGGUCUGCCGCAACGACUUGCCGAAUCACGGCCAGCCACUAGUGCGUUCCUACGCUAAAUGUAGAUCGAAUCACACCUGCAGACAUUUUUAUAUUAUUUUUUAUAAUUUCAGCAUUCCAAUGUUACGUUAUCUUACUAGUGAGAAGUGCGAUAGUAGAAAUAAAAGAAGAGACUGCCGAUAGUAAAAACGGCCACAUCGCUUUAUAUUCUGUCACGAAAUUACCAAACGAAAGCAAGACUGUACACGACAUAGAAACCCCACCGGAAGCGGCUUCGGAAGCAACAGAACCACAACCAACAGAGCCGAAAUCCGAUGAAAAGGUCACAAAGUUAGAAACAGUCAAUGAGAAUCCUAAGGAAGAAUAAUUAUUAAUAAAUAUAUUAUAUAAUACAAUGAAUAUCAGUCCAUCAUUUUUCAAUUAGGAAUUUUUACCAUUAAAAAUAUAUAUGUUAUGGACCAAUUAAAUAAUCAGGCACUAUUUAUAAUGUCCGGGAAAUAUGAAUAAUAACAAGUUAAAUCUGGAUAUGUAAUUAAUACUUACUGAUUUAAACUUCAUUAUUUAUCACAUUGUCUGGUCAUUAUGAAUAUUACUACAUAAAUAAUAUGACAAAUUAAUAAUGUAACAAAUCUGAAAUUAACAAGUGUAAAUAUGUAAAGUGUGCGUUACAAAUAAAAAAUACCUUUGAUGAAAAACUUUAUUCCCAUUGUAUUUGUGUUCAUCAAAAUAAAAAAUAAAAACCUGGCCUAACCUAUCUUUUUAUUGCUCUGCGCAGUAAGUAACAGACUUUAUUCAUAUUGCCCGUUCAAUUUAAUUAUUUCAAUAUUUUUUAUCAUAUUGCGUACUCAUAUUGCCCGGACACUAUGAAUACUGUCCUAUUAAUCACUUGGUCCAUAACUAUACCUAUAUAUUAACAAAAAAUAUUUUUAUACAUACGAAGAUAAACUGAAAAUUGUUGACAAAUGAUAAUCGAAUAUUUACGACACAUCGCUACUUUUAAUACAAAAUUUUUAAAAGUU